AUGGAUCGACUGAAGAAGGCGAGGACUCCUGUUCGAGCUUCCAUAACAAAGACAAUUGAUGGUGCUGUUGCUGAGUUGGCGAAGGAUCCACCGGACUCAAGAGAACUCACCAUUAAAUUACGGAAGUUGGAAUCCCUGCAGUCAUCGAUCAGAGAACAUGAUGAGAAAGUGCUCACCCAGAUGUUGGAUGAAAAUUGCACGGCGGAAGCUUACACGGAAGAGAGUGCAGCGAAUGAAGAAUAUUCAGAUAGAAUCAAAGUUGCUAUCAUGGAUAUCGAGAAUAUUCUUUAUGGAGAAACUCGUCCAUCAAGUCCAAGUGCAAGAAGUAGCUACAACACGCCGAAUGGAGAGCAUAAGUACGAUGGGAGUUGGAAAGAUUGGUUGGGGUGGUGGGCGCAAUACCGGCAAAUUCACGAAGAUGAUGAGUUACAAGUAAACGUGAAAUUCCAGUAUUUGAUCCAAGCUAUCGUCCCCGGAUCAGAAGCAGAGAAGGUUCAAGGAAAGUGUGACGAUCCCGGACCUAAUCUUAUGGAACUCAUCCCGUCAGUUUUACUCAGAUUUCGGGAGAAGAAGAUUGGGGUCGUCUCUGAUAUUAGGAAGGCGUUUCAAAUGAUAGACGUACAGGAAUCCGACAGGGAUUAUUUGAGAUUCCUGUGGUGGGAGGACCCUGCCGGAAAGAAAAUUAAAAUUUACCGUCACUGUCGAGCUGUGUUUGGUGUUAACUGUUCACCCUUCUUGCUUGCAGCAGUCGUCGACAUGCAUCUAUCAUCAAUUGUGGAUGGACGACAAGAAGAAGCCCUGAAACUGAUGGGAGCACUAUACGUGGACAAUUGUGUCACGUCAGUCGACAGCGUGGACGAGUAUGAAACAUUCAAAGUGACUUCAACCAAGAUUAUGGAAGAAGCGAAGAUGGAGUUGAGACAGUGGGAAUGUAGUGUUGUGGGGGUUCCCGGAGUCGGCUCGCCUGCCAUGAGGGGGUGCGGAUUGGGAGACGGCAACACUGACACUCCACAGGAGUCAAGAAUACUCCCUACAACAAUGGUACUUGGUCUAAUUUGGGACAAGUAUGAAGAUACGCUGUCCUGUGACAUAAAGAUGGACAAUCGCCCGGAUAAGUUUACCAAGAGGAGCGUGCUGUCCAUGGUUCAUAAAGUGUACGAUCCCAUCGGUUUCAGUUGUCCAGCCUUAAUAAAGCCGAAGAUGUUGUUACAGAAGGCGUGGGAGAGGAAGACCGGAUGGGACGAACCAUUACCUAUGGAGGAGGCGAAGGAAUUCAAGAAAUGGUGCGAGGAGCUACCUCACCUAAAAUCAAUUCACCUCCCACGGUUUAUGAAAUUAGAAAGUACACGUGUAUUGCAGAUGCAUGUGUUUUGUGAUGCGAGUCAAGAUGCAUAUGCUGCUGUCGUGUUUCUUCGCAGCGAAGUUGGGGAUCAAGUGGAGAUAAGCCUCCUUCAAGCAAAGGCAAGGGUGGCUCCUUUGAAGAAACCAACAAUUCCAAGACUCGAGUUAAUGGCUGCGUUAAUUGGGGUGCGACUUUGUGAAUCUGUCAAGAGUGCACUCAAUUAUGAGACCAUCCCCACUACAUAUUGGAGUGACUCAACCACCGUGCUGGCGUGGAUUCGAGGUAACGAAAAUUGGGGGACUUUUGUUGGAAACAGGGUACGAGAAAUUUGCACGUAUACGGAUUCUAAGAAAUGGAGACAUGUUCCGGGUCUUCUCAACCCUGCUGACCUACCAUCACGUGGAUGCAAUGCUAGAGAAUUGCUACAGUCAGGAUGGUGGAUGGGGCCUGAUUGGCUCAAAGAAUCAGAAGAAACUUGGCCUCACUCAGAUGAAGUUAUGGACGAGGAGGAAAUUAACCAAGAAAUGAAGAAAUCCAGCAGUGUUGACUUGGCUGGUACUACCGCCGUCGAGAUAAUUCCAGAUCCGAGAUUCUCUACCUACGUGAAGAAUGUUGCAGUAGUUGGCUGGCAGCGUCGUUUUGUGGAGAAUACUCGUGUACCAAAAGAAGACAGGAUCAUGAAGAACUAUCUGACAGUCCAGGAAUUAAGAGAAGCUGAAAUAGUUUUGCUGAGAGAAAUUCAGGCUAGCUUCGUGGACAAAUUCCAGACUGGUGGCGGAGUAAAAGUGCAAAAAAUGGAAGAUGGACUUUUGCACGUUAAGACAAGACUUCUCAAUCGAGUGGAUUCUGAAGAAUUCAAGAUGCCUAUAUUACUUCCAAAAUCCCAUCGGAUGGUGCUACAAUUGAUUCGAGAUGCACAUCGGAACUAUUGUCAUGCUGGUGUUCAGUUCAUCAUGGGGAAGUUACGAGAGAAGUAUUGGAUCUUGCUAGCUAGGAAGACGAUCAGAAGUGUCAUUCAUAAUUGUUCCACGUGUAGAAGAUUCGAAUCCAAGAAGGUCGAGGUGGAAGAAGCUGCUCUACCAGAGAAGAGGGUCGCUGCGACCGAGCCAUUUCAGACGACAGGUGUAGACCUGGCUGGACCACUCUACCUUAAAGAUGGAUCGAAAGUGUGGAUCGCUUUGUUUACUUGUGCUGUGUUCAGAGGAAUACACGUGGACUUGAUCACCUCACUGAGCACUGAAGCAUUUUUGGAAUCUUUGGAAAGAUUCAUUAACCAAUGUGGACGUCCCAAUAAAAUUUAUAGUGACAAUGGGACUAAUUUUGUUGGAGCCGUCAAUCUCUUCAAGUCACUGGAUUGGACCAAGAUCGAGAAAGAAAGUCAAGUGAAGAGAAUCCAGUGGAUCUUGAACCCACCCACGGGAGCGUGGUGGGGCGGAUGGUGGGAGCGACUGAUCAGAUCGAUUAAGGAUCUUUUGAAGAGGAUGCUGGGGCGAGCCAGGCUGACCUGUGACCAGUUGAGGACCUGUCUCUCUUCUGCAGCAGCCGUCAUCAAUAGUCGUCCCUGA